AGACUCCUGAAGGGGAGUGAAAGGCGGGAUAUCAAAUCCAAACUCUUCUUCUUCUUCUUCUAUAAAGAAAUGAGGCACAUCCUGUCUACACCGCUGAGAGAAGUCAUGAACAAUAUUCUUCAGGAUAGAGAAAUGCCGGAGCUUUUAUUACACUAAUUCCAAAACAAGACUCUGAUUUGACUCAAGUUAAAAAUUACAGGCCUAUCUCAUUGCUAAAUACGGACUACAAAAUUUUUGCAAGUAUCUUAGCGAAGAGGUUGAAAAAGAUAUUACAAGAAAUUGUUCAUAAAGACCAGGCGGGUUUCCUUCCUGGCAGACAGAUGAAAGAUAAUAUAAGGAAUAUAAUUAAUUUGUUAGAAUAUCUGACAGCCAGGAAUGAGAAACAAGCUGCAUUAAUAUUUGUGGAUGCAGAAAAGGCCUUUGAUAACAUUUCUUGGGACUUUAUGUUAAAAAAAUUAGAAUAUAUGGAAGUGGGGAAAGAAUUCUUUAAUGGAAUAAAAGCGAUAUAUACUGAACAAAGAGCGAAGCUUAUUGUAAACAACAGGACUACAGAAGAAUUAAAAAUAUCAAAAGGUACGAGACAAGGAUGCCCUCUCUCACCAAUGUUAUUCAUAAUGGUUCUGGAAAUUUUCUUAAAUUCAAUAAGGAGAAAUGAAGCAAUAAAAGGUGUGUCAGUAGGCCAGAAUCAGUAUAAAGUAAAUGCCUUUGCUGAUGAUCUGGUAAUAACAGUGGAAGAACCGCUGGAAAGUGCAAAAGUAGUUUUAGAAGAAGUUGAACAAUUUGGUCAAGUGGCAGGGUUUAUAUUAAAUAAGAAAAAAACCAAAAUACUUACAAAAAAUAUGGAACAAGGUAUGAUAGAAACAAAUGCAACAACAAAUAGGGAUAGAAGUGGUGAAAAAAGUUAAACAUUUGGAAAUCUGGUUAACCCUUAAGAAUCUUGAUUUGUUUCAGAAUAACUAUGAGCCAGUGUGGAAGGGAAUAAAGAAAGAUCUAGAGGUGUGGGGUCGAAUGAAGUUAUCUUUUUGGGGGAGAAUUUCAAUGAUUAAGAUGAGCGUGCUGCCAAAGAUGUUGUUUUUGUUUCAGACAAUUCCAAUAAUCAAGGGGACAGUGAUCUUUAAAGAAUGGCAAAGAGCAAUUUCAAGAUAUAUCUGGCAGGGAUUUCCUUUCCGCCCAUUCUGAAGAAGGUGAUACAGAAGACAGUCAGAAUUCCGGGAGAUGGGGAACCUUUCGUUUCAUUAGGAAUAGCCAUUAAAAAGUGUGAAAUGUGGAAUAUGCUUCACUGAAUGAGCACACAUAUCUCACAUCAAUGAACUCAAACAGGGGAGAAACCAUUUAAAGGUAUGGAGAGUGGAAAAAGUUUCACUGAUAGUGGAAAACUUAGAAGACAUCAGCGGACUCACAUGGGCAAGAAACGAUUUCAAUGCACAGAGUGUGGAAAGAACUUCAGUCAGAGGGGACACUUAACUUUACAUCAACGGACACAUACAGGUGAGAAACCUUUUAAAUGUAUGGAGUGCGGAAAGAGCUUCAGUCGGAAUAGUAAUCUUAAAUUGCACCAGAGGAUUCACACAGGGGAGAAACCAUUCCAAUGUAUGGAGUGUGGAAAGAGCUUUAGUGAUAGUGGAAGCCUUAGAAGACAUCAACGGACUCACACAGGGGAGAAACCAUUUCAAUGUAUGGAGUGUGGAAAGAGCUUUGGUGACAGUGGAAGCCUUAGAAGACAUCAAAGGACUCACACAGGGGAGAAACCAUUUAAAUGUAUGGAGCGUGGAAAGAGCUUCAGUUUCAAUGCAACCCUUAGAAGGCAUCAACAAACUCACACAGGGGAGAAACCAUUUAAAUGCCUGGAGUGUGGAAAGAGCUUUAUUGAGAAUGGAACACUUAGAAGGCAUCAACAAAGUCACACAGGAGAGAAACCAUUUAAAUGUUUGGAGUGUGGAAAGAGCUUCAGUUUCAAUGCAGCCCUUCGAAGCCAUCAACAAACUCACACAGGGGAGAAACCAUUUCAAUGUAUGGAGUGUGGAAAGAGCUUUAGUGAUAGUGGAAGCCUGAGAAGACAUCAACGGACUCACACAGGGGAGAAACCAUUUAAAUGUACGGAGCAUGGAAAGAGCUUCAGUUUCAAUGCAACCCUUCGAAGCCAUCAACAAACUCACACAGGGGAGAAACCAUUUAAAUGUAUGGAGUGUGGAAAGAGCUUCAGUAAGAAUAGUAAUCUUAAAUUGCACCAGAGGAUUCACACAGGGGAGAAACCAUAUAAAUGUUUGGAGUGUGGAAAGAGCUUUAUUGAUAAUGGAAAACUUAGAAGACAUCAACGGACUCACACAGGAGAGAAACCAUUUAAAUGUUUGGAGUGUGGAAAGAGAUUCUUUUUCAAUGGACACCUUAGAACACAUCAAUGGACUCACUCAGGAGAGAAACCAUUUAAAUGCCUGGAGUGUGGAAAGAGCUUCAGUCAGAGUGGAGACCUUAGAAAACAUCAAUGGACUCACACAGGGGAGAAACCAUUUAAAUGUAUGGAGUGUGGAAAGAGCUUUAUUGAGAAUGGAACACUUAGAAGGCAUCAACAAAGUCACACAGGAGAGAAACCAUUUAAAUGUUUGGAGUGUGGAAAGAGCUUCAGUUUCAAUGCAGCCCUUCGAAGCCAUCAACAAACUCACACAGGGGAGAAACCAUUUCAAUGUAUGGAGUGUGGAAAGAGCUUUAGUGAUAGUGGAAGCCUGAGAAGACAUCAACGGACUCACACAGGGGAGAAACCAUUUAAAUGUACGGAGCAUGGAAAGAGCUUCAGUUUCAAUGCAACCCUUCGAAGCCAUCAACAAACUCACACAGGGGAGAAACCAUUUAAAUGUAUGGAGUGUGGAAAGAGCUUCAGUAAGAAUAGUAAUCUUAAAUUGCACCAGAGGAUUCACACAGGGGAGAAACCAUAUAAAUGUUUGGAGUGUGGAAAGAGCUUUAUUGAUAAUGGAAAACUUAGAAGACAUCAACGGACUCACACAGGAGAGAAACCAUUUAAAUGUUUGGAGUGUGGAAAGAGAUUCUUUUUCAAUGGACACCUUAGAACACAUCAAUGGACUCACUCAGGAGAGAAACCAUUUAAAUGCCUGGAGUGUGGAAAGAGCUUCAGUCAGAGUGGAGACCUUAGAAAACAUCAAUGGACUCACACAGGGGAGAAACCAUUUAAAUGUAUGGAGUGUGGAAAGAGCUUCAGUUACAAGGCAAGCCUUAGAUUACAUCAACGGACUCACAUGGGGGAGAAACCAUUUAAAUGUAUGGAGUGCGGAAAGAGCUUUAGUGAUAAUGGAAAGCUUAGAAUACAUCAACGGACUCACACAGGGGAGAAACCAUAUGAAUGUAUGGAGUGCGGAAAGAGCUUCAGUCAGAGUGGAGACCUUAGAAGACAUCAACGGACUCACACAGGGGAGAAACCAUUUAAAUGUAUGGAGUGUGGAAAGAGCUUCAGUUUUAAUGCAGCCCUUCGAAGCCAUCAACGGACUCACACAGGGGAGAAACCGUAUAAAUGUAUGGAGUGUGGAAAGAGCUUCAGUCAGAGGAGCAUCGCGCACCAAUGGCAUCCCGAGAAGGCGGAGGAGGAGAGGUUUAUGGUUUACUUCCGGCAAGGGAUACAUUCAGUUUUGGACAGCAGCUGA